AUGGUCGCUAUUCAAAAAGCUCUCGUUCCCGGUCUCUACCUCGCAUCCAAUUAUCGUGAUGUUGCUACCCCCGAGCUAGCCGCCAGAGACCAGUACAACAUUGUCAAGUACCUUGGAGGCGCUGGGCCUUAUAUUCAGUUUGAGGGCUUUGGAAUUGACACAAAUGUACCUGAACAAUGUACGGUGGAACUGGUUCAAUUGUACAUGAGACACGGCGAGAGGUUUCCUGGGUUGUCUGCUGGUCAACAGCAACAUGCUUUGGUCAAAAAACUUCAAAAUUACAACAAAACCAUUACCGGUCCAUUAUCGUUUUUGAAUGACUACACCUACUAUGUUCAAAACGAAGAAAACUACGAAUUGGAAACCACACCCUGGAACACCAAUUCUCCUUACACUGGCUACGAUACCGCAGUUAAGGCGGGCUCUGCUUUCAGAGCAAAGUACAACCACUUGUACAACGAAAACAAAACUUUACCAGUUUUCGCAGCCGCUUCUAAAAGAGUAUACGACACUGGAAACUUCUUUGUUCAAGGAUUCCUUGGUCCCGAUUAUCUGGACGAGUCGGUUGACCAUGUAGUUCUCUCGGAGGAAGAUUUUCUUGGAAUUAAUACUCUUGUACCUCGGUGGGGAUGUAAGGCUUUCAAUUCUUCGUCCAACGAUGAACUUAUAGCUCAAUUUCCUAGCAAUUAUACCCAAGAUAUCGUCAAGCGGUUGACAGAUGGUAACGACGGUUUGAAUCUUACUACUAAGGAUGUUUCUAACCUCUUUCAACUUUGUGCCUAUGAGCUCAGUGCUACUGGAUACUCUCCAUUCUGCGACAUCUUUACUCAAGACGAAUUGGUUUUGCACAGUUAUGCCAGUGAUCUUCAGUAUUACUACACCUCUGGACCUGGAGGAAACCUCACCAGAACCGUAGGGGCCAUUCAAUUGAACGCUUCUUUGGCUUUGUUGAAACAAACUGAAUCAGACAACAAAAUCUGGUUGAGUUUUACUCACGAUACUGAUAUUGAAAUUUUCCAUGCUGCUCUUGGUUUGUUUGAUCCACUUGAACCUUUACCCGUCAACGAAACCCGCUUCAGAGACAUGUACCACCAUGUGAAUGUGGUUCCCAUGGGUUCCAGAACCAUUACUGAAAAGUUAAAGUGUGGAGACGAAACCUACGUAAGAUUCAUUAUCAACGAUGCAGUUGUUCCUGUUCCAAAGUGUCAGGAUGGACCAGGCUUCUCCUGUAAGCUUUCAGAUUUUGAGAACUAUGUUGCUGAGCGUUUAAGUGGUAUCGACAUUGUGAAAGAUUGUAAGGUUCCUGACGAUGUUCCUCAAGAAUUGACGUUCUACUGGGACUACCAGUCUGGACAGUACAAUGCUACUGCCGAAAGAAUUGUGCGAUAG